AUGAAAGAUUGGUUGAAGGCUAUGGCUACUUUCAUGAAGAAGUUCAAAAGGAAGCGCAGAGUGUCCACAGAGCUCCACUCUCGCUGGGGUGAUGUUUCUAUCACCUAUCCCACGCAAGGGUCCUGGAAUCAGUGGGAUCAAUCUUCUGGUUUCGUCGCGAAUGCAAUAGCGAGCACCAAUAUACAGCCCGAAGCAAAUCAACAAUAUCCAUCCGCCGGCCCAUUACGCCAGCCGAGUUCUAGCGCCUCGAGCAGACGAUCGCGAAGCACGGGUAUCCGAGAACACCAAGUGGGAGACGCUCCAUCCUUUCCGACUGGAUAUUUCGACCAAAACAUACGGCGUCGCGUUGGAGAUAGAGAUACAAAUACACCACCAGGUCCAGGACUCGGCCUUCGUGAUCUGAGGCGUGGGCCAAAUCGCCGACCCUCAAGCUCUAUUGACAAUGACGAAUGCACUACGGAUGAGUCAUGCGAAGAAGAGGAAGAAAGGGAAGAGCGAGAUACUCCGGGCCCACGGAUUGAAUUAAGCCCUCGGGAAUACGGCACGGGGGACGUCUCACACAGAACACGCGACGAUCCCGAAGAUUUCGAUACCCCAGCCAGGUCUCCUCCGCUCUCUGUGACUUCGCGCAUGCGCCGUUGCAGUCUCCAAAGCUGUGCCACAGAGCCUACAACGUCUGUAUCUGGUGGCAACAACUCGAGACGAACAAGCUUUACAGCUGCAUCCUCUAUCUCUGCUCCCUCUAUGCCACCCUGCACGCCUCAGGUUGCGUACAACGCCCUAAAGCAACCUCCCUUCCCGGAGAAAAGAUACCCUCCCCGUACAAAACAUCGGGAACCCGAGUCUGCGCCUCCACAGGAAAUGGUGCCGUCCUAUGAUGAGCUCUAUGGUUGA